UAUGGAUAUAAUGGAAUAGGCAUUUUGCUAAUUGUUUUUUGGUGAAUCACAUGGGUAUGUCCAUUAUCAUUAUUGGACCUUAUCAAGCACUUAAUAUUACCUGGCACCAAGAAUGAAAAUAUUGCCUUAGAACUUUGAUAGCGACGGCCGAUACAUUCAAUGGUUUUUAAUAACAUUUUGUGGGUCAAGUUUCGUCGGCUAGAUAAGAAAAUCUAUUACCUAAGUUUCGAGGAAUCCCCUUAUCAAUAGAAACAUACUUAAAGUUGCCCGUGGCAAAAAUGAUAAACUUGUCAUUAACUUUUAAAGUUUUUGUAUCUGUAGAAUAAUACGAUCAAAGAUUAUUAAUAACAAGGGUUUUUAAUUGUCUGAGGAAAACAAUAGGUGGAAGAAUGUAUACAGUGUAUCUUAAGAAUUGACAAUUUAAUUAAUUUCCGUGUCUUUACUAUUUUCUUUUUAAAGAAACAGCAUUUAUAAAGGUAUAAUAUCAUAUUUUCUUGUAGUUGCGCUUUAUUCCCAGAGAUCACUGUUUGUAUGAAUGGCUUAAAUAUUGUAGACGUAAUAUUUGUUUGAUCAGCUGGCUUGCGUUUUAGAUCUGGAUAUUUCAAUUCGAAUUCAUUUCUCAUUUGGAGUUCAGUCACCAAAGUGUGAAGUGUGAUAAAAUGACAUUAUCUAAGAUUUCGCUGCCGUGGUCCACCAGUAAAGUGCCACUAUGCCAAUGGAUUUUGACCAUUGUGUUGUGUCUAAUUGUGUUCUUCGGCCUCGUUAAACUCGUGUCCAUUCCGCUGCGCAUCGAUGACUUUGAUAGCUUCAGACUGAAUCCCACUAAGGAUGCCCAAUUAGCAGGUCAAGGAUUUGGGAAAUCUGAGAUAAACCACUGAAUAUAGCAUCAAUCAUUGGGAUAAACAAGAUCGCAAAUUAUUGUGUGGAUGGGACAGACUACAAUGUUUGCCCGGCUUGCUUGGCGAAAUUGCAAUUGUAAUUGCAAAUUAAUUAAAUUUAGUCAUGAACAACAUGUCAGACCUCCAACGCCGCUCCCAUUCAACGUAAAUUGCAAUUAAACGCAAUUUAACAGCAUAUUUGCUUAUCAUUGUAACCGACUGACUAUCGUCAGUCAAACUGCAUUCUGGAUGCCCGAUUUGCGUGGAGAGAAUAUACACAAGAGUUCACGAUUCAAAGCAAAUAUUUGAUCUAGAAAUUGUCUAAUUUUAGACCCAUUGCCAACGUAAAACUAUCCCAUGCACUGCAGCUGUCAAUUGAAAAAUUAGUAGGUGAACAAAAAAGAAAAUGAUAUAAUGACAUGUUAUUCAGUAACACGAAUAUGAACGUGCCUAUAAUUCAUCCUGUCUAGCAAUCUAUUUUAUUGUUAUAUUUGUUAUCUGGUAGUUGGUUUUAUUCAUACAAUUACGGCACAGUGUUGUAUAACAUAAGCGUUAUUUGGAGUAGAAGUCUAAAAAAACCUUGAUGAGAUAACAAAAGUUAAGAAACGUUUGGUCAGAUCGUAAAAUAUUAGCGUGUCUUUAUGUUAAGGUGUCUAAGGCCGUGACGAUUGUUUUAUCUAGCAUAAGAGAUAACUUUCUGUCUUAUAAGUCAACAAACGGGAUAAAAAUAAAUGUACUUUAAUAGCUUAUCAGAAUAUCUACAUGUAAUAAUAGAUAAAUGUUAUAUCCAGAUUCAUAAUUUAUUACCCUUGCAAAAAGUCUGUAUUACAUGUUUAUGUUUAUAAUAUAAAGAAAAAGACCAUCUCCGAUCCUACAAUAAUACCAAUACAUAGAUAUAGAUAUAGUUUAUCAAACAAAUGUAAUUACAUACAUAAUAUAUUUAACUACUUCAUUGAUGGUUUUAUAUGAAUAUCUAUUUUUCAUUUUAGUAAUGGACAAUAAAGCAUCUGUUAGUUGAAAUGCCGUUAAAAUUAA